UCCCCUCGAGUCUCGCCCGCCACCCGGCCCAGAGCCCUGGGGCGGGGCCGCCUCGGGGCCCGCCCUGCGCUCACUGGCGCCCAGAGCCCGCGGGAGACCGUGCGGACCCAGCCAUGUCCACCGAACCCGAGCUCAUUGAGUUGCGGGAGCUGGCACCCGCGAGCCGCGCCGGCCCUGGCCGCACCCGGUUGGAGCGCGCCAACGCGCUGCGCAUCGCGCCGGGCACCGCGCGCAACCUGGCACGGCAGGUGGUCCCGGGUCGCGGCCACCGCUUCCACCCCGCGGGGCCUGCCACGCACACGUGGUGCGACCUCUGCGGCGACUUCAUCUGGGGCGUCGUGCGCAAGGGUCUGCAGUGCGCGCAUUGCAAGUUCACCUGCCACUAUCGCUGUCGCGCGCUCGUCUGCCUGGACUGCAGCGGGCCCCGAGACCUGGACUGGGAACCGGCGCUGGAGCGGGAUACGAACGUGGAUGAGCCUGUGGAGUGGGAGACACCUGACCUUUCUCAGACAGAGGUUGAGCAGAAGAUCAAGGAGUACAAUGGUCAGAUCAACAGCAACCUCUUCAUGAGCCUGAACAAGGACGGCUCCUACACAGGCUUCAUCAAGGUUCAGCUGAAGCUGGUGCGUCCUGUCUCAGUGCCUUCCAGCAAGAAGCCACCCUCCUUGCAGGAUGCUCGGCGGGGCCCAGGGCGUGGCCCAGCUGUGAGGCGCAGGACUUCCUUCUACCUGCCCAAAGACGCCGUCAAACACCUACAUGUGCUGUCACGCACACGGGCACGCGAAGUUAUUGAGGCCCUGCUGCGCAAGUUCCUGGUGGUGGAUGACCCCCGCAAGUUUGCACUCUUUGAGCGGGCUGAGCGCCAUGGCCAAGUGUACCUCCGGAAGCUGGCAGAUGACGAGCAUCCCCUGCGGCUGCGGCUUCUUGCAGGGCCCAGUGAGAAAGCCCUCAGCUUCGUCCUGAAGGAGAAUGACUCUGGGGAAGUGAACUGGGAUGCCUUCAGCAUGCCUGAACUGCACAACUUCCUGCGCAUCCUGCAGCGGGAGGAAGAGGAACACCUCCGUCAUAUCCUGCAGAAAUACUCCUAUUGCCGCCAAAAGAUCCAGGAGGCCCUGCAUGCCUGCCCCCUGGGGUGACUGCUUGUACCCCUGGGUGGAAGGAGAGUAGGCAGCGCCCAGGGCAUGCCGUGUGAGUGUGACAGGGCCCUUGGGGCCUGAAGAAUGAGUGUGCGUGGAGGCCCUCUCUUGGUGGGGAAAUGAGCCCAGAGAACAGUGAAGGAGCUGGUGCUGUGUCCACCAGUGGGUGAGCAGAGCAUGACUCCACACCCUUUUGCCCUUCAUGGACUGGGUCGUGGUGGGCCGGGGUUGCCCUUGGAAGAUGUGCCAGGCUUGCAGCAGGGAUAAAGCAGACAGAAGUCUCCUUAACUUGUGUCUCAGGUACAAGAAUCUUGAGACCCUAUAAAUAAAGAAUAGGGUCAUGUUUGCAGGUGUGAGGGCCCUCAUCUAUGGGGAAAGGUGGUAUGUUUGGGGUCUUGGGUGGGGUCUCAGAAUCGCCUAUCAGAACCAAGGGUUGGGGGUUCAAGAUAAGGCAGACAUCAAGGAAGAGUCUAGGUUUCCCACUACAGUGCCCUCAAGUCCUCACACACCCUGGGGUCAGGAAGUGCCAGCUCAGUGCAGCAGCAGUGCCUCAGUGCCUCCAUGGGGGAUGUCCCUGGGCCAGGGUUUUUGUGAGUGUGGCACUGGCCCAGGUCUGUGCCUUGUUUGCCAGUCAGAGCCAGGGUCUUUCCCUCAGGUAUUUUUGAUGAUGUGUGCGAAUGUAUGUAAUAUUUUGUGGCCUCAGCUGAAUGCCUCCUGUUUGGGUAAGGGUGGGGGGUGACAGUCAUCAUCAGGGCGUGGGGCCUGAGAGCAUUGGCUGAAUAAAGUUUUAAGAACACUG